AGGAGGAAUUUUAAACCAAGUCUGCAGUGGGAGUCUAACUGGCUGCCCUCCCAGAGGCCGAGGAGGAAUCUUUUUGUCCUCUUCUUUGAUCAGUCUGCAGAAAGGAUCCCCCCUCCACCUUCUUCACACUGUCUUGCCAGGGAGGAGCAGUUAGCAGUGGGUGCUGGAUAAUUCAGUAGGUGAGUUUCUUUGGCUUUGAUCAGUGGGCAGGUGUGUGGGGGACAGGUAAUCAUGGCCUUGUAGAGUUGGAAGGCACCCCAAGGGUCAUCUAGUCUUACCCCCUGCAGUGCAGGAAGAGAUUGAAAGAGAUGGUGCGGCACUUUUCCAGUGGGUCGUGAAUUAGUGUUCUCUGUGUGUUAACUUUGCAGACUGGGAGCUGUUUGGAUCUUACAUACUCUAUUCUUACAACUAUUUCAAGGACAGAAGGAUGGAAUCAUAUUGGAUAAGCAGCUCUUCGCUCGCUCCCGUUCACGGCAGGAAAAUUCAAAACGGGGUGGAAGACGACGUGGGACGAAGAAGGAUCUGCAGAAGCAGCUGAGGAGGGGAAGAUGGGCAGGACCAGAGGAGGAAAUCAAGAACUGAGGAUCGUCCUUGUGGGCAAGACUGGAGGCGGCAAAAGCGCCACAGGAAACACUAUCCUUGGCCAGAAGCUCUUUGAUUCGAAACUUCAGGCCAGGACAACCACCUUGGCCUGCGAAAAGGCGUCUUGCAUUUGGAGAGGCUAUGCCGUGUCCGUGGUUGACACAGCGGAUAUUUUGGGCACAGGAGCUUGCGAUGAAAGGCUGGACCAGGAGACCAAGCGUUGCCUCGACCUCUCUCAGCCUGGCCCUCACGCGCUCGUGUUUGUGACCCAAGUGGGUCGCUUCACCGCGGAGGACAAGGAGGCAGCCCAGCGAGUCCGGGACAUGUUUGGGACGGAGGCCAUGAAGCACACCAUCCUCUUGUUCACCCGCAAAGAAGUCUUAGAAGGCAACUCUUUGCAGGAUUACGUGAUGCAGUCAGAGAAUGAGGCUCUCCGGAAGCUGGUCCAAGAAUGUGGGGGACGCUUCUGCGCUUUUAAUAACAGGGCAGCAGUAGAAGAACGAAAGGACCAGGUCUCUGAGCUGAUGGAGAUGGUUGUGGAGAUGGUCCAGGGGAAUGCAAGGCCAUACCUGGAGACGCCCAUCAUGGAGGCAGCGCUUGGUUUCAGCUACAGAACAAUAUUCCUCUUCAUAUGUGCGGGUGGUGUAGGCCUUUAUCUCUUUCUUUACUAUCGUAAUAGUUUCUCUCAAUAUCUCCCCAUUAGCAGAGCCGGGGAUUUUUAAAGCCAGCCCACCAGCUUCUUAUGAGGUGUCAGGAGAAAAACAAAUGAAUCAACAAAUAAACAAAGUCUUUUAGAUAUGACUUCUCUUUUAAUACUUUUUAGCUUUCCAAAAUGUUUUACAGAUUCUAAACGAUUGUACCCCACCCUGACUUAUGCUGGUCUAUGGCCGUAAUAAAGAUUUGAUUGAUUAAUGAUGGAUUGCAUCAGUUCGUUCCAUUUCUGAAUCACACGUCAAAUCAAUUGAACAGGAGAAACAUAACAAUAAAAGCACAUAUAAAACAAUUUCACGUAUGCAAACAAGGAAAACGACCUCACGUAUAUGAACCUUAUCAAAGGCAGUACUAGGGCUGGGCGAUAUAUUGCCCUAAACUGGUUUGAAGUCCGUAUUGUGAUAAUCGUUUUCGUAAUAUUUGACCAGGCAAUAUAUUGCAAAUCAUGGUGUGUGUGUGUGCUUUGCAGAAAUCACAAUCUGGGGGAAACCAUGAAGCCAGCUAAGUUCCAUCCGUAUUUCAGACGUUGUGAUAUAUCGGUAUAUCAUGUGUGUUUAGCUGGAGAUAUAUGGCAAUGUUGAAAACCAGAUAUCUGUUCACAUCUAUAUAGCUCCAUCCUUAUUUCAGACAUUUAGCUGGUGAUACAUUGCAGUGAUGAAAACUAGAUAUUGCCCAGCCCUAGCCAAUG